CUAGUUAGUCGACUCCUGAUACUAUAAAAAUAAUAAUAAUAAUAAUAAUAUGAAUUAAUUUUCCUAUCCCACACAAAAACGUGCAUGGCUCUAACCCUCUUUUGAAACGUGCACACCACCUUCACAUUUCUAUGCACCCCACUCCUCCUACCAACUCCCUCCCCGGCCUCUUCUCCUCCCUCAUAUAACAAGCCGUGCAUGAUAACCCCAGUUAUAUUCUCCUUAACCAGCUUAGUAGCUAGAUCACAUUAGUUUCCUCUUAAGGUAGAGCCAUGGCGAGGUCACUCAAGCCAGCCACCUUCUCAGUAGCAUUGUUGGUAGCCGUGUUCGUCGCGUCGAGAGUGGGUGAGGCCGGGGCCGACCAUCCCAACUACAGGGAUGCUUUGGACAAGUGCUUGCAGUUCUUCGAGGCGCAGCGGUCGGGGAAGCUCCCCGCCGAUCAGCGCGUCAAAUGGCGCGGCGAUUCCGCCCUCCAAGAUGGUUUCCAGCAAGGAGUGGACUUGGUGGGAGGUUACUACGACUCCGGCGACCACGUUAAGUUCGGUUUUCCGAUGGCGUUCGCGGUGACGACGCUGUCGUGGAGCGUGAUCGAGUUCGAGAAGGAGCUCGCGGCCGCGAACAAGCUCAAGUAUGCUUUGGAUGCAAUCAAGUGGGGAACUGAUUACUUCAUCAAAGCACACAAAGAACCUAACGUCCUCUGGGCACAGGUCGGUGACGGAGACAGUGAUCACCUGUGCUGGGAGCGGGCGGAGGAUAUGACGACGCCGAGGACGGCUUACAAGAUUACAACCGACCAGCCCGGGUCGGAGGUUGCCGGAGAAACCGCGGCUGCCCUCGCCGCGGCUUCCAGAGCUUUCAAGCCUUUUGAUUCCUUCUACUCCAACAUCCUCCUAGUCCAUGCAAAACAGUUAUUCACCUUCGCUAACACAUUUCAAGGGCGAUACGACGACUCACUUCUCUGCGUCAAGAAGUACUAUCCUUCUUCGACUGGUUAUCAUGAUGAAUUGCUAUGGGCCGCAGCGUGGCUUUACGAAGCGACAAAUGACCAGUACUACCUGAACUACGUAUCGCAAAACGCGGCGUCAUUCGGUGGAACUGGAUGGGCUGUAACAGAGUUCUCGUGGGACAACAAGUACGCUGGAGUGCAGGUCCUUCUCACAAAGGUGCUUCUGCAAGGCGGGAGCGGCGCUUACAGCGACACUCUCAAGCUGUAUCAGGCGAAGGGCGAGUUCUUCCUCUGCUCAUGCCUUCAGAAGAACAAUGGCCACAACAUCAAGUUAACUCCAGGGGGUCUGCUGUACUUUGAUGACUGGAACAACAUGCAGUACGUCGCAUCUGCGGCGUACCUUUUGACGGUUUACUCGAAUUACUUGUCGACGUCGAAUGCGAAGCUCAAUUGCCCUGAUGGCCAAGUUGAUCCUUCAGAUGUCCUCAAAUUCGCAAAGUCCCAGGCCGAUUACAUUCUCGGCAAGAACCCGAAGUCUAUGAGCUACUUGGUCGGCUACGGACCGAACUACCCGACCCACGCGCACCAUAGGGGCGCCUCGAUUCCGUCGAUAUUCACCCUACCGUCGACAGUUGGGUGCGUCGACGGAUUCGAGAACUGGUACGACAACCCGAAGGCCGAUCCAAAUGUUAUUCUGGGAGCUCUUGUUGGCGGGCCUGACGCGAACGACGCGUUCUCCGACGACCGCAAGAACUAUCAGCAUACCGAGCCGACUUUGGCCAGCAAUGCUCCUCUUGUCGGAGUUUUCGCGAAGUUGGAUUCUGUACCGGAUACAGGUGACUCUUCCUCUUAUGCAGCAUCAUCAAAAGCUUCACCACCAAAGAAAGACGCACCUAUUGAGUUCGUGCACAAAAUAACCAACACGUGGAAGACCAACGGAACGGAUUACUUCCGCCACGAGGUGACCGGAAAGAACGUCUGCGGCAAGCCGAUUACGUACCUGAAGCUGGACAUAGAGAAUCUCUCGGGGCCGAUAUACGGGCUUAAGGCGACGAAAGCGGCACACAUGUAUGAGUUCCCCGAAUGGCUCAAAGCGCUGAACUCGAAACAAGCGUUCAAGUUUGUGUACAUCCAAGGCGGAGAACCGGCGAAGGUCGCCGUCGCCGCGUACCGAAACUGAAGAAAAUGAGCAAAAUUGUAUGUUUAAUUGUUGAGACUAGUGAUCUCUUUUCUAUCUCAUGAGGGGUUUUAUAUGAUGAGAGAACUUGUGAUUUACUACUAGUUUUGUUUUGUUUUGUUUUGUUUUUUUUUUUUUUUAUCUUUGUGGCACAUAUUUCCUCUCUUUUUCCUAUGAGUAACAUAGUGUAACCUUUAAAGUGAAUAAGGAAGCAACAUGAAUCAAAUUAACAAAGUGAGUUAUACUGUGUUUGUUGGUGAAA